CAAAUUCCAAAUAAAUUUUUCAUACUUUCGAUUUUCACAUAUAUUCGAUCUCUCGAUAUCACGUGAUUUCGAUUUCGAGAUAUCGUAAGUGAUUGCUCCAAAAUUGCUGUCAUUGUUUUCGAUGAUAAAUAAUAAAAUAAGAAGUAUAUUUUUUGUAUAAAUCAGAAUUAAAAGGUUAGAAACAACUAUGGCUUCAGAAAUGGUGAAAUUUACUCGACUACGCACAGCAAUUGAACCCAGCUUUUGGGCUAAAUUGUCUGAACUCAAACUAGAUAAAUAUAAAUUAGAAGAUAAAACCAAAAUAUCUAUUUGGGGUAGUUAUAGCUUGGAUAAAAUUUAUGAAAAAAGGACAAGUCCAUUAAUUCUUGACUGCACUUCAUUUAACGAGAAUAUUGAAACAACAUCUCAUAAUGGAGCAGUUGCUUGUUCAGGAAUUUUAAUAAACACUAAUACGUUUGAAGCCUUUCGACAAAUACAACCUGAAAAAUUUAUCAACGUACUUGGAAAAUCUCUUGUGGAUGCUAUGACUGAUGGAACUGCAUUAAAACAACCUUGGAAACUUACAUUAUUUCUCUUAUUAUCGUAUGCAGAUUUAAAAAAGCAUAAAUUCCAUUACUGGGCUGCUCACCCAACACCUUUUAAUUUACCAGAAACUUUCUAUGAUUCGCCCUCACAACGUAUUGUUGAAAUUUUUUCUAAAGAGUAUUUAGACCAGCUUCAAAAAGAUUUCAAGAGUUUAGAUUCGAGAUUAAAAUGUUUCUUUACGAUAUUUUUAUCAGCCAAUGGUAGUUUACAACUUGUUAGUUUAUUGGAAGGAGUAAAAUACGUGAAUUCUUUAACUGGAAAUAGUGAACAUGAAAAAUCCGUUCCAAAAACAAUUUAUUUUGCAUUUUAUGAUCCCUGCGAUAGUUCAGAACCUGGAUGGCCAUCAAGAAAUCUUCUAUGCUUGUUAUUUUGGUCUUGUCCUCAAUUUGCUUUUACAAAAACAAUGAAAUUUAUGUCCAUUCGUGGUGCGGAUUUACAGUCAUCAAUUAUUUUUUCAAUCAAAGCCAAACAAGUUUUAAAUAUACAAAUGAAAAGAAAAGAAAUUAUUGAAGGACAGUUGAUAGGAUGGGAAACUAAAGUAAAUGGUAAAUUGGGACCUAAUAUCGCUGAUUUAUCAGAAUCAAUGGAUCCAAAUCGACUAGCUGAUCGUGCAGUAAACUUGAAUCUAAAGCUAAUGAAGUGGAGACUGGUACCUGAUUUAGAUUUAGAAAAAAUAUCUAAACUUCGUUGCUUACUGUUAGGGGCAGGAACUCUAGGAUGCUCAGUCGCAAGAGUAUUAAUCGGGUGGGGAAUAAAAAAUAUUACUUUUGUCGAUAGUUCAACUGUAUCGCAUAGCAAUACAGUUCGACAAAGUCUUUAUACUCAUGAAGAUGCAGUAAAAAGACGAUUAAAAGCUGAAGCAGCGAAAGAUGCUCUUUUACGAAUAUCACCAAUAUUUAACGUAGGAGCUGAAGUUCUGCAUAUUCCGAUGCCAGGUCACAUUGUAGGACCAAGUCUAAUUACCUCAACUCAAGAGGCUGCGAAGAAACUUGAAGAAUUAGUUAAAAAUCACGAUGUAGUAUUUUUAUUGCUCGAUUCGCGUGAAGCACGAUGGUUACCUACACUUCUAUGUGCAGUGUAUGAUAAGAUAGCAGUCAAUGCAGCACUUGGUUUCGAUUCAUACACGGUUCAACGUCAUGGAACUCGCAAUACAACAAAUCCUUCAUCGCCUGAUUUAACUGAACAUUAUCCAUCUGGAGAGGAUCUUGGAUGUUAUUUUUGUAACGAUGUAACACAGCCAGGAAAUUCACAAGUCGAUAGAACUCUAGAUCAACAAUGUACAGUUAGUAGACCUGGAUUAUCAUCAAUUGCUGCCGGUCUCGCGGUUGAAUUAAUGGUUGCCAUUACUCAACAUUCUAAAGGGAUUGGAGCGAAUGCUUUCAUGGAUGAUGGCAGAAGCCAAUAUCGAACAAGUGAACGAGAAUUAUGUGAAGGAUUACUUGGUGCUGUUCCUCAUACAAUUCGUGGUUCUCUUUGGAAUCACGAGAUGCGUUUAACAAUUACUCAUAGAUUUCCAUCAUGUACUGCUUGUUCUGUACCACUUAUUAAUGAAUUUCGAAAACGAGGCUUUGACUUUAUUUUAGAUGCUUGCAAUCAACCAAAUUAUCUUGAACGACUUGCUGGUUUAGAGGAUUUGCUUAAAAGGCCUGAUCUGGAUCAAUUGUGCUAUUCUAUUGAAAGCUCCGAUGAAGAAAGUGAUGAAGUUUGCUUGAAAAAGCUUUAAUAUAUCAGAUUAUUAAAAAUGUCAUACACUCCUCGCUUUACAUGUGAAUUAUUUUAUAUUUGGGAAGUUAUAGUAUGUAUCAAAUUAAUUUCCAACACAUUUAUUAAUUAUUAGCAGUACAAAAUAUAAUGAUUAUUUUUUACUAAUUAUAAAAAAUACUCAGUUAAUGUGAGUAACUUUAAAAAGAAAGUUGGAAAACUAAGGGAAGCAAAGUACAAAUUAUGAUGAGUAUUAGAGUUUUUACUGCACUUAUCGAUAGAUUUCUAAUAUUCUUAUGUGGAACUUUUUAUAUACUUUUCCAUUGAGAAAUAAAUGAUUAGUGAUUUUAUUACCAGA